AUGAGUGGCAGUUUUCUGCGUCAUUCUUCUCCAGCUUGGCCCACCGUCCACCGUUCACUGACCCUGACCCCCCAAGAAAGGACAGGGCCCAAAACUGACCAAUUCCCGCAGAGAGCUUCGAUGAUUGGUGUGAGGUUUGGUAAAUUUGUACGGAUACGUCUGAAUAAUCAACAUUUUCGACAAUACAUCUUCCCACAACAUUUACGACUUUUCUCCUCACUCUUGGACGACCAAAAACCUUCGCCCUCGACAUUGUAUAUUCGGUCAACAACGACGAUAGCGACGAAUCAUCGGAUCGGAGAGACCCCGACGGCCACCAAACACAUUAAAUCUUUCGCCACAAUGUCAUCGUACAGAGCAACGAGGACGGCCCUCCGCGCCGUCGCGCGCACAUCGAGGCUCGCCACCUCCAGACCCUCACAAUCGCGAUCCUUCGCCAGCGUACACACCGGCUUCCUCCAAAACAACCAAACAUCACAACGCCGCCCGACGACAACGACAAGUCGACACCAACAAUCCCUCCAGCGACAAUCCCCCUUUGCCGCCCGCACCGGCGCCGCCCGCACAAUCUUCAUCCAGACCGAAAACACGCCCAACCCAGACGCCGUAAAGUUCCUCCCGAACCACCGCAUCCUCCCCGACACCCUCUCCACCCCCUUCAUCGAGUACCUCAACCCGCGCUCCACCAUCGCGCCGCCCUACCCGUCCCCGCUCGCCGCCCAGCUCAUGAACAUUGACGGCGUCACCUCGGUCUUCUACGGCGCCGACUUCAUCACCGUCAACAAAUCCCCCGACGCCAACUGGGCACACAUCCGCCCGGAGAUCUUCGCCCUCAUCACCGAGGCUAUCACCUCGGGCCAGACCAUCGUCACCGUCUCGGCAGACAAGGAAGGCGGUGCCGGUGCGGCCGCCGACGGCGCCCCCGAGGAGCCCGAUAGUUUGGCGUACGAUGAGAACGACAGCGAGGUCGUCGGCAUGAUCAAGGAGCUUCUCGAGACGAGGAUACGGCCCGCUAUCCAGGAGGACGGCGGCGAUAUCGAGUUCCGCGGGUUCACGGACGAGGGUACCGUGCUGCUGAAGCUUCGCGGUGCGUGCCGGACGUGCGAUUCUAGCACCGUGACGUUGAAGAAUGGUAUUGAGAGCAUGCUGAUGCAUUAUAUUGAGGAGGUCAAGUCCGUCGAGCAGAUCCUCGACCAGGAGGAGGAGAUUGCCAUCCAAGAAUUUGCAAAGUUUGAGGAGAAGCUCAAGUCCCAAAAGGGACCCGAGGCGACCGCGGCAUAA